CUGGCACUACAUAAGCUGAGUAUUUUUAGUGAGAUCGAUCAGUAAACACUUUCGUCUGGUCUAGGGUGAACUUGUGGUCAUUUCUCUUCAUUUAUUGUUUUAGUUUCGUCAUUUUAACAUCACUUUGUUUACGAACAUGGCUGGAAUAGAAGAAACGAAAGAUUGGAUAGUUAAUACAGUUUGGCCGGAAAUAGUGAAAAAUGGAAAACUGAAAAGCGCUCAAAAUAAGAAUAUAAGUAGUGAAGAACCACCCACUUUACUCAAUGUAUCACUCACACCAAUUGGUAUAGAAGAGGCGUUCAUGUUAACAACUUGCCAUAAAAUAAAAAUAGACUAUACGUGCGGUAAUGAGGAAAGAUCUCUCCACUUAGUAGCUAAGCGAACUCCAAAAGAGGUUUCAGCUGAAAGUUAUGAAGCUGUCGAUUUCAAGACCUUGUUUUAUAAUGAAAUUACUGCGUACAACAAAAUUUUCCCUAAGCUGUUAAAGCUUACUAAUACAGAUACUAAAAAUUACAACUGUCCUACAUAUUACUAUUCGGAUGUAAAAGAAAUGGAAGCUUCAAUUGUACUCAGUGAUUUUAAAGAAGAUGGAUUUCAAAUGUCUCCAAGUCGGAUAAAUCUUUCAUUAGAACAUGUUUUAUUAGGAGUGGAGCUUAUUGGAGGUUUUCAUGGAUUAUGUUAUGCUCUAAAGGCUAUCAAUAAAAAAGAAUUUGACGAUCUUGCUGCAUUAGCAAAGGAAUCUCGUUACGCGAAAUCACCACCAGCAGAAUGGGGCUGUCUUGGUCCCAUAACUAUGAAGCGACUUUCAAAAGCAACAGAUAAAUUUUAUCCGGAAAUGCCAAAAGAUUUACAGGAAAAAAUCAAACAACUUUUAAAUGAUUGUUGGACAUACAGCAAGGAGAGAGUAAAACCAAUAGAGCCUUAUGCCACACUUUGUCAUGGGGAUUACCUGAGAAACAAUAUUGCAUUUUCUUACGAUGAUAAAGAGAAACCAACUGUUCCGAAAAAGGCAAUGAUGUUUGAUUUCCAAACACUAAGAUACUCCUCGCCAAUGGUCGACCUAACAACAUUUUUAACCAUUUCAACUGGAAUGGAUGUCAGAGUCCCGCAUUUUGAUAAAAUUUUUGAUACUUAUCAUCACAAACUUUCUUCGAGUUUUGUAGACUUUACAAAAAAAGAGCUUCCAGAAUUUAUGACAAGAUCAAAUAUGUUAAAAGAAUAUGUGAGGUAUCUUCCUUACAGCCUUGGUAUUGCUGCAUUCUUUCUUCCAAACAUGCAUGAACCAAAUAAUAUUUUUGCUAAAAACAUGCUAGGUGAAAAUUUUAAUCUAGAAUUAAUUGAAGCAGGCUUGAUGGCUCUCGGGGGAGAAGCAGCAGAUAAGGAGCUUGCAUCCUUACAAAAAGAACUAUACGAAUUUACUGUUCAAGAAGAUAUCAAUAUUUUUGAAGGAUUUUUGUAAUAUGUGCAUUUAUAGGUUGUGAUUUGUCCUUGUCUUAUGCUAAUAAAUAUACAUAUAUGUAUAUGUAUAACGACAAACAUUUUUU